AGUUCACCAGCUGCUUGAGACACUCAUUUUGUUGCCAGCAUCGCGUCCACGGCUCACGGCUCACGGCGCCUGAAUUCGGAAACCACUGCAAACAUCUCCAUACCGCUGCCUACUUCCUGCCGGCCCCUGGCCCCACGAUCGUCGAUUCGCCCCCAACUUCAUGCGCCCCGCGCUCGUAGCUCCAACAAGCUCGAGAUCUCGCCUUUCGAUGCCGACUACGACUGAUAACAACCUGGACCCUUGAUGGGCUCUGGGAAAGUGGUUUUGGAAUAAACCGCUGGUUCCGCAAUGAAUACAAUGGCCUCCUUCUCGAGGAGAUACCGAUCUUCCACAUCGGUCUCGAAUCCGCCCAGCUCCAAGUCCCUCGAGAUCCUCGACGGCUUGCUCUCUGGGCUUGUCAAAGACGCGGCCCUCCAACAAAAUGACGGAUACCCCGAGAUCCCCCGACUAUCAAAGACCCUUCGACACAUCGCCCAGCACAUAGCUGCUUCAGCGACCCCCGUCCACCAAAAUGAUUUCCGACAUGCCAACGGCUUCGAGCGCAUCCUCAAUGUAUUGCGUGUCUUCUCCGGCUACUACAACCCCGAUAAGAGGAGUGACUCGGAUAUGCUGUCUUUCUUCAAGCUGCUAGGUGAGGCCUUGAACGUCCUUUCAGCAGCCCUAAAGGAACACUCUGGCAACCGGAGAUUCUUUAGAUAUAAAGUUGAAGGUGGUGGCUGGGAAGCAUUGGAACAGGUCAUCGCCAGCAUUGGGCUAGGGGGCGCUGAGCCAGAUGCGUGGAUAAGCUGCCAUGUCUUUGGGAAGCUGCUCGCCUUCGCUCUUGACGACGAGGGACUUGAUCUACUCUGCCAGUCCAUCGCCAAAGCUCUCCGCCAAGAUACGGACAAUUCUUCUGCAAAUGGUGACGAUGAUAGCUCCGGGACAGAGGAGCAGUGGGAUUUGGUUUUAGCCAAGUCGGCUGAGAACAUUGCACCAGGCGUGAAAGAGGUUAUCAACUCCAAGGCCAUCCUACGCCACCCGGAGAUUUUGAGAGCAGUCGUCAGCUUCUGGACUGCCAUCCCACGACUGAAGAAUGGACCCGCUAGCCCGGCUGCCCUCCUUGUUCUGGAGACGAUACAGUCCGUCAUCUCUGUCUCUAUCUAUAACCGCGCUGCUGUUCAUUCAACUGGAGUUCUAUCUCAGUUCCUCAGAGUCGUCUUUAGCACCGACUCGGCACUGAGCCUUCCUGAACGCGAAAAGGUCCUGGCCGUCUGCAAGAUGCUCAUGUUUCUGGGCGUCAACCAGCCUGCAGACACACAGUUCUUGCUUUCAUCACCGAGCCCCGAGGCAUCCGAAUUUUGCUUGCAGAUGGCGGCCAAAUAUUCUGGGCCGCCCUUCUUCCAAUUCGACCUCUCAUUAACCGGCCACUCCUCCCUUGAACUUUCCAGCCUUGGCCGCUCAUUCCCACCCCAGUCAAGCGGUGGAUAUACCUUUACGGCUUGGAUCCGGGUAGAUAGCUUCGACCCUACUGCGCACACGACCGUCUUUGGCGUGUUCGACUCUUCUCAGUCUUGUUUCUUGCUGAUGUAUCUGGAGAGAGACACACACAACUUUAUUCUUCAAACCUCUGUCUAUUCCAACAAGCCCAGCAUUCGGUUUAAGUCAGUUUCAUUCCGAGAAAAUAAGUGGUAUCACAUCGCCAUCGUCCACCGGCGGCCAAAGACCAUGACUACCAGCAAGGCAUCCCUCUAUGUCAACGGAGAGUUUUCUGAACAGAUUCGCUGCAACUACCCCCACUCGCCCCCACUAUCGAACGGAACCAACGAGAGUUUUGCUUCUUUCAACUCGAACCAGAACAAAACCAACCCUGUCCAAGCCUUUUUGGGGACUCCCAAGGAUCUUUCAAACCAGGUUGGGCCCGGUCUUGUUUUUUCGAGAUGGUCACUUGCUUCUGCUCAUCUUUUCGAGGAUGCAUUGAGUGACGACUACUUGGCUGUCCACUAUGGUCUCGGGCCACGGUACCAAGGUAACUUCCAGGACAGCCUGGGAGGGUUCCAAACCUACGAGGCGUCUGCCACUCUGGGUCUACGAAAUGAAAUCGCCCACCCCGGAAAAGAAGAGAGUUCCGAUAUUCUGAGAGCGAUCCGUGACAAGGCCAGCUCAUUGCUUCCAGAGUCCAAAAUCUUGCUGAGCAUACUCCCCUCGGCUACAUUCCCUGAGAACGUCCAAUACUUGGACACAGGGUUGCUGCGCUCAAUGCCGAGGAACUGUGCUCGUAAUCUUUUUCGAUCCUCUAACCAAGAGGGCUCUGCCUUGGCUAUUAACUGUGCUGUCCCAUGUCUUCCCGAUACCUUGUUCAGGCAACAAGGUCUGGCAUCGUUUCGGGGCAGCCCAAUUGUUGCUGUUCCAUCAUACCUGGACGAGAAUCUGUGGCGCCUGGCUGGGUUCACACCCCUGGCGCUCAAACUUUUUGAGAGAGCGUCAUCGACAGAUGAGACUGUCCGCGCCGCUGAAAUGUUGUUCCACUGUAUACGACAGAGUUGGAGAAACAGCGAAGCUAUGGAGAGAGAUACUGGAUAUGGCAUCUUGGGCAUGCUGCUCCGUGUGAAGUUGGGAUACGGCAACAGCGGCCGCAAUGAUGCUACUGUGUACCGACUUCCCAUCACUAAUGAGGAACGAGAUCGACUGGCAUUCCAGCUUCUUAGCCUAAUCCUUGGAUUCGUUGGAUACAACCAUGCUGACCCUAUCGAAUCAUUCAUCAUCAACCCUCUCGCCUACCGGACCCUACUGAUUGAUUUGGAUAUUUGGCGCAAGUCAGCGCCGCGCAUCCAGGAGCUGUACUACAAGCAGUUCGUCACAUUCGCCGUCAAGAGCAAGUACCAUGAGUUUAAUAGCCGGAGGUUGAUCCGGAUGAGGAUUGUGAAACGACUGCUAGAUGCCAUGAAAGGUGAAGUGGUGUCAGAAGAUACGGUGCCUCAUUUCAUGGGUGCCUUUGAAGUUUUGGUCAGGUCAAAUUUCAGCCAAGAAGUCCUGAGGUCUCUGGCGCUGUUCAUUACAUACGCAUUCCACUCGCCACUGUCGUCAUUUUCGCGAACAUCACGACCUUUGUCGGCUAUAUCAAGGUCCAGCACUCCAGCCCCGAUAAGGAGAACUCCAAUCGACACCGGGGCGGGCAGUAAUUCGCCUUCUGGGUUGAAGUUCCUCACGAAGAAGCAGCUUGGCGUCAAAGUAUUGAGCAUGUACUCUCGCAUCUUGUGCGAGAAGGGCAACACGACUCAUAUUAAGAAGUUCGCCCGGACAGUGACCAAUAAGUGGCUCCUGUACCUGCUGGCGGAAAAUGACCCGGAAGUUGUUGUCCAUGGUUGCAAGAUCCUUGCUCGACUCUUGAUAGUUCAUGGAUCCACCUACACUGCCAAAUUCGCCCUCAAGUCUGGUGGCUUCAUCAUCAUGGCGAGCCGACUCAAAAGAUUCUGGGAUAUGCCGACCUUGUGGCCAAUUUGCUUUAGUAUCUUGUUCGGAUAUGACGUUUCCGAAAUCGACUUUGACAGGAACUUUGACUUCUUCAGUCUCCUAGAGCUAUUCGGCAAGCGCAAGGUUGUCUAUCCGGACUCAUUAGUGGUCGUUACCGCGAUGCUGCAGCAUGGUCUCAAAGAUGUGAUGAGACACCAAGAUGAUCCAGACUCCCCAGCAAGCAAUACCAGCUCGUUCAAUAUCCUGAAGAAGCAACCUUCUGCUCAGGAUAUCCGACCACGGGCAAGUUCCAUGGACCUUGCGACAGCCCUUGAAACUCGAUUGAACUUUACAAGAGACAGCGAGCGGAUUGUGAGCCACGCAGGUGUAUUGCACACCGUGAUUCGUUUCCUGCUAGACCUCCAUGCGCGAUCGAGCGAGUUCCGUGAUUUCGCCCUGACUUCGGAGUGGGUGAGGCUCCUGCUGGCUGCUCUGUAUCCCAUAAUCGUCAGCGCCGAUGCUGUGUCACCCGAAACUGAGCUAAACUCGGGGAAUUCGGCACUCACCUUCGAAGGCACCGACGUCAUCAUCCGUCCCGUUGGUGGCAGUGGUUCAGCAGCAACACCAAUUGUACGGACAAGCAGCGUUGACCCAGUCCCAUCGCCACAGUCCACCCCCCCGAAAGGCACGCCACUCCGCAGAGCGUCGUCGUUCAUCCUCCUCACAGCCCACAAGUCGCCGCUUGGUCCAAGCCCAGCCCGCUUGAGUCCAGCACUGUCGCCCCGGAAGAAAGCACCAAAGCAGAAACCUAGCAGCGAGAUCCUGGAGGGUCUUGUGGAGCUUGUUGUGAGCGUCUUCAUGGACCAGCUGCUCGCCCGGAAGGAAUUUCCCGGAUUUGGCCUCUUCACCAAGGUCCCACCAGGGUUCCAGGAGCAUCAGGCUUAUUUUGAGUCUUACAUUCUGAGAAAUGUGAUCGCUCAGCUCACCAGCAAUAUCCAACUUAACCAGAAGGCAAUUUGCGAACCUCGAAUCAUCACAAACCUGGCACGAUUCUGUCUUCACAUGUCAGAAGCAAUCUUUGAGGGAUGGUUCAUGAAUGGCGCCGAGACCUUGAUUGAAUUUAUCGGCAUGCUUUUAGAAUUCCUGCAGCGACCCGAUAUCGCUAGCUUGAAGAGUGUGCGGCUUUGUAGUCAAGCCGUGUCCAUGGUCCGCAGUUGCCUCCUGAGGAUCAUACUGUUGAGAUUGUCCGAUUUGGAUAACCCCCAGACCACAGAACUUGAGGCGAGGGAUUUCAUGAACAAAAUCGUAUACUGGCAAAUGUCUAUCCUGGCCUGUUUCACCUCAGAGGAUGACUACCUCAAGCUCUUUUGGUAUCAACUGUACACAAAGUUGACGGAUGACAAAAAGUCGAUCCGGCUAGCUGCAGCAAACUUCCUGCGCAUCAUUCUGGUGCAGAAGCCUGACGAAUCUGCAGCUUUGAUUCGCUCAUGCAUGUCCCCGGACCAGAAGCAGCUGUCAAAGGACUUUCAGAAGCUGACUGGGGUGGACGACGAAUCAUUUUUGGACUGGGUUGACAAACAUCGCCCAUCGUUGGAUGUCCUCUUCUUUGGUGGCAUGUCAAAGACGUGGGAAGACUUUGUCAGUGCAGAAAACACUCAUACUGCUGAGACUGCCAAAACCCGCGUGACCAAGCGCAAGGAGAAGCUCAGAGCAUGGACCUCUGAGAACAGCCACACUGACAAGAUCAUGCUCAGUCAUGAUAUUGGCAACAGCGCUUGGAUGAAGAGCAUCUAUAACUCAGAGUACUUCAAGUACCAGCGCAUCAUGCAAGAUCAACAAGACGACUUGGUGUUCCUCAGCUCGGCUUAUAAGAAGAUGGAGCGAGAUUUGAGGCGACCCGGUGCCGUCCUUAGCGAGUCGACCCCGUCCAAGUGGAAGCUCGAUCGAACUGAAGGCCGGAACCGAAUGCGACUGAGAGUGCUCCCUGACUACAGCAUGAACAUGGACGAGUAUCAGCCAAAGCGGAAGACAAGCGAGAUCAUGCAGACGCUGCGGAUCAAUACCACAGCAAGCCCAGUUCCGUCAGUCACAACGAGCGCAGUAACACCGUCAACCAAGAUCGUUUCAUCGAAUCUUCUGGAUGGAAGCGACGCGGCGCAAUUUACGGAAGAGCCUGAUUCAUCUACAGAACCACCGAGCUCUGGGGUUUCUCCCGAGGACGAUUUUGAGCUUGUGGAUGACCCAAACGACCCCAACGAGGGGGACGAAGGCUUCGAGGACAAGAACAGAAAGGUGAUGCGCCGACUGGAGCAUGGGGACCAAGUGCAAGCGGCGUACAACAUCUCCCGUAUCGUCGGACUGGAAGCAUGUGAAGGCAUUCUCAUAAUAGGCAAGGAGGCCUUGUACAUGAUGGACAACGUCUUCCAGUGUGCCAACGGAGACAUUGUAAAUGUGUGGCAGGCGCCUCCUGAGGAGCGCGAUCCGUUCUCUCAGAUCGUCACCGAUGCGAAGACGUCCGAGAAACGACAGAAUGCUGGACUUAACGAUCAAGAGUCGAGGCAUUGGAGAUGGCAUGACGUGAUCAGUAUCUCGAAACGUCGGUUCCUCUUCCGCGAUGUUGCCAUUGAAGUGUUCUUCACAGAUGGACGGAGUUAUCUGCUGACCACCAUCAACCCAGCCGUGCGCGACGAGCUGUUCGUCAAGAUGCUCAACAAGGCUCCCCACACUAGCGGUGCCAACGCACUGCCAAACCCCGAAGAUGGUUGGCGGCUAGAGGCACUGAAGGUCUUUGACGAGUCGCCACAAGGAUUUGGAUCCAAGUUUGGCACGUUCUUCAACUCAUCCCCGUGGAACCCCAUGAUGAAGCGAUGGCAGCGGGGUGAGAUCUCAAACUUCCAUUACUUGAUGAUGGUGAACACCAUGGCUGGACGAACGUUCAACGAUCUCACUCAGUAUCCUGUCUUCCCUUGGGUCUUGGCCGACUAUACAAGUGACGACCUGGAUUUGGAAGACCCGGCAACAUUUCGAGAUCUGUCUAAGCCGAUGGGUGCGCAGACUCCAAGUAGAGUCUCAGGGUUUGCCGAGAGCUACACCGCAUUGGAAGAGAUUGGAGAGAUACCUUUCCAUUAUGGAACUCACUACUCCUCGGCCAUGAUCGUCUCAUCGUACCUGAUCCGCCUGCCGCCCUUCGUGCAGUCCUACAUCCUGCUCCAGGGAGGAAGUUUCGACCAUGCAGAUCGUCUAUUCCAGUCAAUCCCGGACGCGUGGAAUUCAGCCUCUAGUAGGAAUAAGGCUGAUGUAAGAGAGCUCAUCCCCGAGUUCUUCUGCCUGCCCGAGUUUUUGACAAACAUCAACGGCUACAACUUUGGCAACCGAGAAAGCAAUGGUGUGAAGGUUGACCAUGUUGAACUUCCGCCAUGGGCCAAGGGCGACCCGAGAAUAUUCAUUGCCAAGCAUCGAGAGGCACUGGAGAGCCCCUACGUUAGUGAGAACCUGCACAAAUGGAUCGAUCUGGUUUUUGGCUUCAAGCAACGGGGAGAGGCUGCUGUGGAAAACCUGAAUGUGUUUCAUCAUCUGUCCUACCGAGGUGCUACCGACUUGGACAGCAUCACGGAUGCAAAGGAGAGAGCCAUUAUGGCUGGCGUGAUUCACAACUUUGGCCAGACACCGCACCAGGUGUUUGCAAAGUCUCAUCCAUGGCGGGAGCAUGUCCGGUGCCCAAUUCGCCGGCUUGAUACUGGCAUCUUUUCACUCGCAUGCCUACCAAACCCGCUUCUAGAGAGUCACGAACGUGUGUCAACGUUGAUGUACGCCCCGAAGCUGGACCGGCUCCUAUGCGCUUCCGCCUUUCGCCUGAACCUCCCGUCCUAUGACAAGUUCCUGGAAUGGGGAUACGCCGACAACAGCAUCCGCUUCUUCAUUAGCGACAACCGGAAGGUAAAGCGUUACUACAUCCCUGACUAUGGCCGCCUCGCUAACUCCCGAAAGCCGGCUGGCCUCUUCGAAAACCUCCACAUUGGACAGAUUUCGUGCGCGUGCUUUGCUGAUUCCAAGACGCUGAUCACCGCCGGUGAGGAUUGCGUCGUGUCGGUCUAUGCGCUGCAAACGGCCCCAGGUAAACCAGUGGAGCUCCUCCCAAGGUCGAGUCUUUUUGGACACAAGACGCCAGUUACCACGAUUGCGGUGAGUAAGGCGUUCAGCACCUUCUUGACGGUGUCUUCAGACGGACAAGCGUUCUUGUGGGAUCUCAACCGGCUGUCGUUUAUUCGCAAACUGCCAUUGGUACGCCCAGUGGAGUGUGCUCGGAUCAAUGACAUCUCGGGUGAGAUCCUCCUCUGCUCUGGACCGAAUGUGCUUUUGUACACCCUCAACGGCACGCUCCUCCUUGACCAAAAUCUUUGUUUUGAGCAGGACGACUAUAUACACUCAUGUGCCUUUUACGAGGGCGCAGGAAACGAGUGGUUGGAGAGCUACCUUGUCUUUACAGGACAUAAGCGUGGACGGGUUAAUGUUUGGCGCAGGACCAUCACUGGCGGCCGAUGGACACUGGAGCUUCUGAGGAGGCUGGAUCAUGUGGACUACAAGAGUGAGAAGGGCGCGAACACGGAAGCGGGGAUGACAUGCAUUACCCCAAUGCCGACGUGUGUGUAUACGGGAGAUGACGAUGGCCGAGUUUACGAGUGGAAUUUCAUGAGCAAGGACAGAUAGAGUCUAAGUCUACCAGCCAGAACGACGGUACAGAGUAGCCACCGGCAAUUCUCGAUGUGACAUGCCUCCGCGGGGAUGUUGUGGCGAGGAUAGGAAGAGCGUGGGAGGAGCGUGGGAGGAGCGUGGUUUUUUGGCUGUAUUGACCUCGGGCGUUGAAUGGCAUCAGAGUGUUGGAGCAUGUUAGAGCUCGAGGUGAGAGAGGGCGCAUAUAUAUAGCGGGUGCUCUGUGUGGUGC